ACACAAUCAGUAACCCUGUGAAGGUGGAAGGAGGAGGACGUACGUUUCUACCACUCCAGUCUUGCACCACGCUACCACGACCACCACCACCACCACGACCACCGCCACCACCACCUCCACUUCCACCUUCACCGUUACUGAUACGACUAACAAGAAGUUCUAAGGCCUGUUAUCUUUUUUUAGGCAGUUUUUUAGAAGUCUUGUGGCAGUUGUAAUAGAUAAAACACACAAAACAGCUGAUUUGAAUUUCUUUGGUGUUUUACUUCAGUUUUAAAUAUGGUGCACGCCAGCAAACCCGGGGGCCUGGUGCGUCACACGGGGGGAUGUCACUGUGGAUUGGUGCGUUUCCAAGUCAUGGCUCCACCGGUACUCAGUGUGGUGGACUGCAACUGCAGCAUUUGCGUCAAGAAGCAGAACAAACACUUCCUUGUGCCGCUGAGUCAGUUUAAGCUGGUGAGUGGCCACGACGCCCUCACCACCUACAGCUUCAACACUCACAAGGCUAAGCACACCUUCUGUUCCACCUGCGGCGUGCAACCCUUCCAUAUCCCCAGCGAGAACCCUAAUGCUUUUGGCAUCACUCCCCACUGUCUGGACGAGGGCACCGUGAAGAAGGUACAGUACACCAAACAGGACGGCAAGAAGAGUGAAAAAAACAAAGAAAAGGAGAAGAAAUAAACCUUACAGACAUCCUGACUUCUACUACUACUGCUACUACUGCUACUGUUACUGGG